AUGGCCAAAAUCAGCAACGAAUACCCGCUGUCGAUCCCCCCAGACGCAUUGUCUUUAUCGAUACUCAAAAGGGCUCCGUUAAAACCGGAUGCACGGCUACUCAGCACACGAACUCCAUCCUUCCGCAACCCCGCACUGUUCACCCCCUUCGUCUGCUCCAACAAGGCACACAUCCAGGCCCUCAACCUUCUAGAAAUCUCCAGCGACCGACCAUUGGGCAUGUACACUCUCAAAACGGUCCGCCACCCGACCAGCGAUAUUCCCAGUCCCCUCUUAGUGCUCAUCACGGAAUCUAACAGUCACUAUUUCGGAAAGUGCGCCGAGGGCACGCAGCGAAGCUUGAAUGAAAAGGGCAUCAAGCCCUCGCGAAUGAAGAACUUUUUCAUGACAGGGGUGCUCGACUGGAACGCCAUCGGCGGGCUUCCAGGCUUGCUUUUGACGUUGGGUGAUUCCGGAAAGGCAAACCUAACCAUCAACUACGGGUCCAAGAUCCUCAACUACAUUGUCGCCACCUGGAGAGGCUUUGUCUACAGACAGGGCGUUGACAUCAGCAUCAACGCCAUGAACGACGGCGACGUGCUUGUGGAAAAGUAUUUCUUGGUCAAGCAGGUGCACACGUUCCCUAAUCAGGCCUCCCACCUGAACACUCAUACCUCUCCACCCUUGGACACUCACAAUAGCACCUUGACCAAGGUGAUUGCGAAAAUGUUUCCUAAGGAGGGCCUUGCCGGUGCGAUUUCGGAUCCCUCGUCUAACAUUCCAUACAUCAAUACAGACUUGCCAGAGGCGGCCAACACGACCCAUGCGUCCAACUACAUCCUCCAGUUCCACCAGACGCGGGGGAAGUUUUCGGUGGAGCGGGCUACUGAGCUCAACAUCCCGCGCGGGCCGCUCUAUGCGAAGCUCGCACGCGGCGAGAGCAUUGAGGUCGAUGGAAAGGUGAUUCUGCCAGACCAGGUGUUGCUGAGCCCACGUAAGUUCCAGCGUGUUCUCGUGCUAGACGUGCCCAGCUCCGCUUAUCUAGAGUCUACAAUGCAAAACCCGGCGUGGCAGGCACCGAUCAACGCUGAGAGCGACGAUAAGGUUGGCUUAGUAUACCAUUUCCUUGGGGAAGACGUAGAUUUGGUGGGAAACGAGGCCUAUUUCCGCUUCUUGAGCCUGUUUGGCGAGAACUGCCAGCACAUCAUCUCACACCCCAGAUACUGUCCCAACACCCUCAACUUCAAAACCGCGGCGCUUUCAUUAUUAAAGUUACGCUCGUUGCAGAAGGACUUUUUCCAGUUGCCGCUCCAUCAAAAUGUGCCCGAGCGCGAGCUAUCCCAGUUGGGAGCUAAAGCCCGGGCGUUACACGCCCACCAGGAUGUGGUGGUCUCCCCUGAAGGGUUCACGAUUGACAGCACCCAGGUACACAGGAACGAGACCAACUGGAGCGAUCUCUACGACUCCACCGUGACGCCCCUCGGUAUCAGUGUGCACGACAAAGCCGCGGUCAUCGACGAGGCGCGCUUGGACAGCGACACGGGUGACGUCACCGAUGUGAAGAACGAAGUACAGAUUAUCACUCUCGGCACCGGGAGCGCUUUGCCGUCUCGAACCCGGAAUGUCAUCUCCACACUCGUGCGCAUUCCCCAACCGGUGUCGCUUCCCGUCACCCGUGACCAGCUUGUGUACAAGUCGAUGUUGUUGGACGCUGGCGAGCACACGCUUGGGAGUUUGAUCCGAAACUAUGGCGAUGACUUGCCUAAUUACCUUGCAGAGUUGCAGUUGAUUUACUUAAGCCACUUGCACGCAGAUCACCACUUGGGAAUCAUGUCCAUCAUCAAGCGUUGGUUCCUCGCCUGUCCCGAAGGUUUCUUAUACCUCGUGUGUCCCUGGUCGUACGAAAAGUUCGUCAAAGAAUGGUCAUACUUGGAGCCCGCGGUCGAUUUCCAGCGCAUCAAGUAUAUCAGCUGUCAGGAUUUCUUUGAUAUGGGCGGUCCGUCCCAGAGGCGAUCGGCGGAGUUUGUGUCGAUUCCAUUCGAAAGCUUACUAGACCACACCCUGAAGAACUUGGACACUCACAUACCCCUGCCAAACGUAACCGCAAUUGGUGAGUUAUACCAGGCGUUUGGCCUUGCCUCGAUCGCAAUGUGUAAGGCCAUCCACUGUAAAUGGGCGUAUUCCAUAACCCUCCACUUCAAGGACCCUGACUUUAAGCUCUCUUACUCUGGGGAUACGAGACCAAACAUCCACUUCGCAAAGGUAGGCCGCGGUUCUGACUUGCUCCUCCACGAAGCCACAUUGGAGGAUGCGUUGAUCGAGGAUGCGUUGUCAAAGAAGCACAGCACCAUCGCUGAAGCCAUCUACACCGCUCAUUUAAUGCAGGUGAAGAAGUUGGUCUUGACCCACUUCAGUCAGCGGUAUCCGGAGUUGCCUGACUUGACCGCUACCGAAAAGAGCUUUGCGUACUUGCGGGGAUAUUUGAACGAUCCCGAAUUUGCCGCUAACCCCAAGCCGAUCCGCCGCAACAAUCCGCGGAACAUCUUCUCUUUUGACCUCGGAACGCUGUCGCCAAGCUUGGAAGGCAUGGACUACUUGUACGCUUUUGACAACAUGUUCAUCAAGUAUGGACGCAUCCACGAGCAGAAGGCCGUCGCAGACAAGUUGCCUUUAGCGUUUGCUGAUGAAGAGGAAGAGAUUGACGGUGAGGGAAGCUUUGGCGAAAAGCCGGCUGAAGGGAAUUCCAGGCAAAAGAAAAUGACCAAGCAGGAGAAGCAGGAGAAGAAGUUACAGAAGCAGCGGGAGAAGACGGAAACCAUGAGGCGGGAGAGGCAAGAAAAGGAGUGGGUGAAGAAAAGAAAGGUCAAUUAGGUGUGUAUAUAUUCAUGUUACAAAUGAGAUUUAUGGAGAA